AUGAGGAAUUCAUGGAAUCAAUUUGACUUUUUUGUGGUAUGUGCAUCCAUUUUGGAUUUGAUACUGUAAUUCACUGGAAAUUCAUUUAUCUCAUUUUUGAUAUUCAGAGUACUUAGAGUAACAAGAUUAUUUAGAUUGAUCAAAUCAUUUGAAGGAUUGCAGAAACUUAUAGAAACAGCAAUUUACUCAUUACCUGCUAUGUUGAAUGUGACAGCUCUAUUAUUUCUCGUUUUCUUCAUCUUCUCUAUUCUUGGUGUGUUUCUCUUUGGAUCCAUCAGAAGUGGAUGGGCAAUAGACGAUGUGAAUAACUUUUCAGACUUCCACCAUUCCUUUGAACUCUUAUUCAGAUGUUCAACAGGAGAAGAUUGGUACAAAGUCAUGUUUGAUACUAUGUAAGAUGGCUAAGGAUAUUAUUGUAUAUUCUUCAUUAUUUUUAUUGUGAUCCAAUAAUAUAUUAUGUUGAAUUUGUUCAUUUUGAUUAUUUUGGAUCAAUACGAAAUCAAUUAUUUCAACAGUGAUAAUCCCCUUAAUAAAUUUUAAGAGUAUGAAAAUAUGUUUAUUGAAUCUUGGUCCAAAUUUGCCAAGGAAGACAAAGGAAUGAAGAUGAGUCAACAAUUACUAGUACCAUUAUUACUCGAUAUGGAAAAACCCAUUGGUUAUGAUUUGAAAUUGAAAUUAAAUGAUGAAAUUAGUGAAUGGAGAAGAAUCAAUCCUCAAUUAGACACAAAGGAGAAUGUCCUAAAGCAAACUCAAAUUCUCAGAGCUUAGGCAAAAAGAGAUGUUUCUACCUAAAUCAUGAAAAUGAAUAUCUAUGCUGAUAAUGUAGGAUAGGUCAAAUAUCAUUAGAUAUUGUUUUCUGUUAUGAAAUCCUACAUGUGGAAGAAGGUGUAAGUAAAUUUAAGUCCUGAAGGGGCUGAAAAGAUUCUAAUAAAGGAAGACGAAACAUAAAAAAGAUUGAAAAAGAAGUAGGUUGGUGUUCAUUCAAAGGAGGUGAAUUUAGUUAAUCCUAUUGUACACUUCUUAUUUGUUCAUAUGGCUUUUAAAACUUUAAGGAGGUAUGGAGAAAAGAAGAAGCAACAAAAAGAGUUGCAAGCUCAAUUAUUACUUGAAUAGGAGUAGGAACAUUAUAGUGAUGGAUUUAGUUCUGAUUCCUCUUUUGAUAAUAAAAUAGAGAUACUAUCCAGAAACUCAAAGGACACUGAUCAUCCAAGGCGACCUGAUUAUGGCAGAACAAAAUAUCUGACUCUACCCAACACUGAAAUCUACAAGGAAGAAAUUUGCCUCAAUCAAGAAACUCCUAUAGUAAAUGAUUCAGACAGAAGCUCAAGGGAGGAGGAGGAAGAACCAGAUGAAGAUGUCAUGUAAUAGUAUAAUAAGGACUUUAAAAGGCAUCUCGUUAAUCCUAAUGGAUCAAAUGGAAAUAUUUAGGAUGACAAAAGUGCUAGCAACCUAGGGGGAGGAGGAGGAAAUACAAGAAGCAGUUAAUCUCGAACUAGUCAAAUACCCAAAUAGCCUAAGAGACUGACUCUGAAACCUAGUGACUUGAUUUCAGGAUUGGGAGCUAGCAAGAAAUCCAUCCAAUCCAAUCAACCUUCUGCUAAUCAAAAUCCCAAUGCUUCUUAAGACAAUCCAUCAAUUAUGAAUUAAAGUAGUGGAAACAGUGCUAGUAAUAAAUGA